UGCACAGUUCACCCUCUCAGAAAUAGUUGCUCUUGAACAAUGGAGGAAAUCUAUAUCAAUGUUGAACAUGUAAAACCUGUUGACUCAACACCUCCAACAAAUCAGACAGGUCCAAGGAGUUCAGAGAGGAGAUUUCAUGGAGCUGUUGUUGUCUGUCUGGGGCUGCUGAGUGUUUUCCUGCUGGCUGGACUCAUCGGCCUCGGUGUCCAAUACCGUGAUGUGAUCCGUGGUUUAACUGAAGAGAGAGACCUGCUGAAUGCCAACCUCACUGAAACUACUGAGGAGCUACACCGGCUUCAGAGUUUGUCCAAACAGAAGAAAACCUGUCCUGCAGGAUGGACUAUGUUCAGCUGUACUUGUUAUCUCAUCUCCACUAAAUCUGAUUCUUGGGAAAAAGGCAGACAAGACUGCAGAGCCAGAGGAGGAGAUCUGGUGGUCAUAGAUAGUCGUGAAGAACAGGAUUUCCUCACUAAUAUUGCAAAGCGACCCAGCUGGAUUGGUUUGACUGACAGAGAAAAAGAGGGGACCUGGAAAUGGAUAGAUGGAACUCUGCUGAAUCGAAAGUACUGGUGGACAAAGCAGCCUGAUAAUGGAAAUGGAGAUCCUCAGUGGGGAGAAGAAAACUGUGUGACAAUCGGAUCUGAUGUGAAAGAACCAAACAACUGGAACGAUUUUAGAUGGCGAAAGUACAGGUGA